GCCUUGUUCUCCGCUUUUCUGUUUUUCUUUUUGCAGAUGCCGCCCUGCUCUCAUCAGCCUCUGGCCCGCCAUCUCCUUGAAUCCUAACACCAUGCCUUCAAUUAAGUUGCAGAGCUGUGAUGGAGAGAUAUUUGAAGUUGAUGUUGAAAUAGCGAAACAAUCUGUGACUAUUAAGACCAUGUUGGAAGAUUUGGGAAUGGAUGAUGAAGGAGAUGAUGAUCCAGUCCCCUUGCCAAAUGUUAAUGCAGCAAUAUUAAAAAAGGUCAUUCAGUGGUGCACCCACCACAAGGAUGAUCCUCCUCCUCCCGAGGAUGAUGAGAGCAAAGAAAAUGGAACAGAUGAUAUUCCUGUUUGGGAUCAAGAAUCCCUGAAAGUUGACCAAGGAACACUUUUUGAGCUUAUACUGGCAGCAAACUACUUAGACAUCAAAGGUUUGCUUGAUGUUACCUGCAAGACUGUUGCCAAUAUGAUCAAGGGGAAAAUUCCUGAGGAGAUUCGAAAAACAUUAAAUGUCAAAAAUGAUUUUACUGAAGAAGAGGAAGCCUAGGUACGCAAAGAGAAC